AUCAACUAGCGAAAAAAAAUCCGCUUCUAACGAAGAAGCGAAGGAUUUAACGUUUAUAACGCAUAUGUUUACUGAAAACUAUUCAAAGACGUAUAUAAAUCAAUUUAAAAGUCAAUAGCUAUUCAGUUAACAUAAGUUUUAUAUAAUGUUUAUAUAAUUUUUUCUUAGGGCGUAAGGUGUUCCGUCAUUGAUAUUGAUUUGUUUGGGGAUCAAGGAAAUUGUUUUAAAAUGUGAAGGAACUGUCUUAAAACCCUGUGGUUUUUUCAUGUUAUCUGCGUUGUAUGGAAAGUAUGCGAAGAAAGCUACAUUAGGUAGAAGCAAGAAUGCAUUCAAGAUGAAAACUAAAAGUUUCCUGUUGUUUUCGACAUCGGUUUUCGCGAUAAGUAUAUUCCUGAUAGUAUUUCACUCACAACCGCCACAGUCAUUCCAAAAUAUUGUAUCGCAAACGCACCAACAUAUUAAGGACUUUCAGCAGGUAUCUUUGCCUCAGGAUCAGCUCCGAGAUGUGGAGGAGAGACACCUGGUGCAGGAGGAGCGGUACCUCGCCCUGGUGGGCCUGUCUGGCCAUGUGGAGGCCUGGAAGAACACCACCCUGCCUGCCAUUGUGACGCACGCCCGGAACAACGAACAUGCUCUAGUGGUGGCCUUCAUACGGGCUGCACAGAAGUUGCCAUACACCAUACUUGUCUAUAACAUUGGCCUCAAACCAUACUCUUUGAAUGUGGUAUCAAACUAUUGUAACUCUUCAAAAUGUGCGGUGGUGGACUUUGAUCUGAACAUGUUUCCAUCACAUGUCGCUGAUGAGAGCAUCACAGCGUUUCGCCCCCUCAUCAUUCAGCACGCUCUGAGCCGCGUGGGCGGAGUCAUAUACUGCGAGACGACGCAGCGCUGGCGCGGCUCGCCCGCCGCGCUCGCGGAGGUGUGGAAGCGCGCGGCCGGCGAGGGGGCGGGGCCUGCUGGCGCUGCGGGGGCGAAGGCUCCGGGGGCGGGGGGCGCGGGGCCGCUGGGCGUGGUCGCGUGGCCGCGGCGCGCCGCCGUCACGUCGCUGACGCACCCGCACAUGUUCACGUACUUCCACGCGGACGUGGACGACUUCCUGUUCGUGCAGAUGCUGGACACGUCGCGGCUCGUGCUGGCGGCGCGGCCCCGCCUCGCGGACAUCAUGCGCCCCUGGGUGCAGUGCGCGCUCACCAGCGACUGCAUCAUGCCUGUUGGCGCGCAGUCGGACGGGUGCCGGUUCGACAAGAAGCCGCAGUACCGCUACUCGGGCUGCCACGGGCAGGACGCGUCGGCGCUGAGCAUCAUCCUGGGGCUGCGCAGCGGGUUCGAGGAGGGCGGGUACGCGGCGCGCGGGCCGGCCUGGGGCAGCGCCUCCGCGCGCGCCGCCAGCUCGCUGCUCGCGCAGCUCGAGCGCAACGCCACCACCACGCCCGCCGACGCCGACGAGCGCACCGAGCGCGACGCGUAGCCCCGCCCCCGGCAGUGAUAGCCCCGCCCCCGCUAGCCCCGCCCAGUGCAUUGUGACAGUGUACCACCCCGCCCCCACAAGCAGCCGCAACGAUGUCUACAAGUCAAGAUAGAUCAGUCGACUGAUGUCAGAGAUUCAUUUAUUAAAUACAGAAAAAUAUUUUUUCUUAUCUUUCAAUUAAUUACCCCAAUAAGAAAAUAAGUGAUGUCAUAUAAAGGGAGACAGUUAAAAAGUGAUUUAGCAUGCGGCGGUGGCAUUGCCCGACUCCCACCAGACGACCGUUGGCGAGCACUCAUGGUUUACGAACGAUAUACCGAUAUGUAUUACGACAUACGAGUAGUGAUUUAUAUGAAUAUUCUGUUUGAAUACGUGUUGAACGAUGUCUAGGCUGUUGUGAUGUAACCUCAGUUACGUUGUUGUACAAAAUUAUUGUUAAGUUUAUGACAUUGGAAUGAAUCGAAUCACAUUGUAUUCCUGGUAAAUGUUGUGAUUUUUUUACAUUAACGAUGUACACGUGUGUAUAGCCUAAAAGUAAUAAUACUGAGAUUCUAUCCUGUGAUAAUAAAUCACUAUUAAGACUUUAAAAAUUAAAAUAUAUGUACUGUGAUAAGUCCAUAACAUUAUGGCACAAUCCUGUUUAUGUUAUUUCUUGGCAAUGUGACAAAUAAAUAUCAAGAAACUUACUCAUUUAUUAAAAUAUUUAUUGUAAAUUUUUUAUUAAACUUUAAAACAAAUACUUUAGUUUAAACUAAAAUAUACAUGAUUUUUGAUGAAUCUAUAUUUUGUAAAUGAAAAGCUGUAAAAAAAUUCGAUUCAUUCCAAUGCGCACGCGUCGCUGAUUGUAUGGUUUUUGUAAAUAUAUGUUUAUGUUAUUGUAAUAAGCAUCACUGCACGAUAAUGUUGUAUUUAACGCAAGCACAAAUAUGAUCUCAAAAUUGAAGUUCCGGGAACUUUUGCUAUAUACCUACCUUGUACAUUAUUUGCUAUUCACUUUGUAUAGUUCUCUAUUCUUAUUGAUUUUUUUAUUAUAGUAUUAAUUUAGGGUUCAAUUUCACUUCGGACAUGAUUUAUACGAGUUUUAAAAGUUAUCAAUACCGUGAUAUUCAUAAUUUUAUACAUCAUUGUAAAAAAUUGAGAAAGCAUAAUUAGAUCUGAUAAACAACAAAAAAUCCGCGGUGAAAGUUAAAUUUUAUCCUCAUAAUAUAAUAAAAUUCAUAAUAAAUUAUUUUCUAUUACAUUGUCUGUUUGAAUUUGUAAGCAAUCUCAUUUAUUUUGUAAUUUUAUACUUACCUCUUUUAUACGUAUUGAAGUUUUACAACGCUUUUUUAUUAUAUGGUAUGAGGACCAUUUUUUGUUAAUUUUUUUAUUCACGCAAUUUUACUAAAUGUCAUAAUUAUUUGCUUUCCGAUUAUCAUACGUAUUUAUUACCACUUAGAAUCUAUUUUUGUGAAUAUUAUCGAAAUAGACUUUAAUGUGAAUCGUAAAAGCAAUAGUAGAAUGGUAUUUAAUUUUAAAAACGGCAUAGUGUGAAGUUGUGUGUAAAAUAACACUAAAUUACAUACUGAAUUAUGUUGCUUGUCUAAUAAAUAAUUAAUUGAACUUCCAACACCUAAUACAAACCAAACGAUAUAUUGUAUAGUCUAUACCGCAAACAUUACAUUCGUGUUAUUUUAUACAUUGCUUAUGCUAUUCCUAAAUAACAUUAUUUAUUGCCUAAAGAUAAUUUUCAAUGAUACAAACAAAAUGUAUCCAAGUACAAUUUAAGUGAGAUUUUUUCUAUUCAACAAUUUAUUUAAUAUUUAGGUAUUGCCAUCGUAAAAAUUUGAUAAUAGUGAUAGCACAUAGUAGAAAUCUAAUGUUUUAAAUACUUUUUUUAGCGAAAAUAAACAAUAUUUAAUGUUUUUACAAAAUGGUAGCUGACAUAUUCAGUAUUAAUAUUUCUUCAACAGAAAAACAGUAUAAUUCGUAAUAGACAUACCUAGAUAAGUUCCGUAAAAUAUAAUAUCAAUAGUUUUUAUAUGUUUUAUAUUCAAGUCAUAUUUUAUGCUUUUGCAUGUCUGCAAAGAUUCGAGUGACUUGAAUCGGUAAUAAUAAUAAUCCUUACAUUAUAGAACUUACCUAGCAAUACGUAGCAAUGUUGCAAUGAUCCAAAAUUCUCAUAGGUCUUAAACUUCAUUGAUUAAUUUAUUAUUAGUUAAUCAUAAUACAUUAUUGAUUAAAAGUGGUAAAAUAGUGCCUGGGCUCCGAUAUACACAAGCUAUCCCUCGGGGAUCAUCCUUGAUGUUGCGUAUUCAAUUUUGUUUUCAAAAAUUAUUGAUUUUAUACUAUAAGUAUUGUAAUUAAUUAUACAUAUAAAAUACUGUUGGCGCAGUUAAUUAAGAAUUCCUCUUUCCGAGUGAUUAAGCAUUUGCUAAUUUUUUUUUUGCACGCUCUCAUUUGUAAAUGAGAGCGAGUGUCGGCUUCCUAUCGCUUCUGUAACGCUAUUGUAUAUUGUCGAACGCGAACUAGUCUUUUCAUACUUUAUCGUUAUAUUAUAAUAAAUGCGCUUGUCCUAAGGUCCAAUAAUUUUAGUAUAUUUUAAUGUUGUAUUUUGUGCAAUAUUAAUUUAAUUAAAAAAUGUAAAUUUGUUCGAUAUUAAGAUUUGCAAAAGACGAAUUAUUAUUUGUUUUCUGAUAACAAUAUUGUGUAUACUUAGGAACCUGACUGCUAGAAACUUGUAAGACAUGUCUCCAGAAUGUAUCGCUUUAUAUUAUCCCACCCGCGCAUUGAUGUUGUCAUUGUUUCGUCAAUUAAGAUAUAAGGAUCGUGAUUGGACUGUAAUAUUGUCGCUCCAAUAGACAAGAUAUAAUAUGUAGGAUAAACAAGCGAAUGCAUAAUAAAAUGCGGCUCACCAUUUCAAUAUAUUUGUAAUGAAUACAAAAGUUGAAGAAAUUUUCAGUACAUACCUUUAAUUAGAAGAUUUAAAAUGUUUAUGUUUUCAAACUCUUAUUAGCCACUAUGUGUUAAAAGUCGUGAUAUUUGUUUUAUCAGAAUUGAGUUUUGUCACAUAGUCCGCUCAUAAGCAUUACAUAUCGUACAGUUUUUUUACUUGUAUUUAAAGCGUCGCACAUAUUUAUUGAAUAUUCCAAUAUCAUUGAAUAAAUGAGUAUUGAAAAAUA